AUGGACUCUGAUGACAGAUCAUCACAUCAUAGCCAUGCAGAGCAUCCUGAGUGGUUCCGCACUGAUACAGACACAUUCGACCUUUUUCGUGAAUAUCCUCAUUCAUUUCCAACAUAUGACCCCGAACAUUUAGCCUACUUUGACGCACUUUGUGACUCCUCAGCAUUCCAGCAUGUUGAUGGGGACGCCGAUUAUGAACGGCCGUGGUAUGCUGGCUUCGGACAAUCACUCGAGGCAGUCCACCAUGAUUACUUCGCACCAUUCCUUAAUGCCACUGUUUUUCGGCUCAUGACAUGGUUUUACAACUCGUCAAUCUCGAAAUCACUGCAAGAUCUCAAUUGUUUAGUCAACGAUGUCAUUUUAGCGGAGGAUUUCUGCCGAGAGGAUUUGCUAGAUUUCAAUGCAUCUAGGGAGGCAUCGCGUCUUGAGAAGGCCCAACAUGACCCUGCCUCCUCGAUAUUCUCCUCUGAUGGAUGGCAUGAAACCUCGGUGAAGAUCCGACUUCCUUGUGAAAAAGACAAGUUCUCCUCUGAAGAUUGCGCGCCUGAAUUUGAAGUUAACGGGCUUUAUUACCGCAAGCCAUUGGAAGUGCUCAAAUCUGCAUACCAGGAGGUUGCAGCGAAGAUGUUUCACACAAAGCCAUACAAACUAUUCUGGCAGCCUGACGACGAUGAACCUCCAGAGAGGAUCAUUACCGAGCUGUACACAUCUGAUGCCAUGCUUCAAGAGCAUGAGAAGCUCGACUCGCAGCCAAAUGAACCAGGCUGUAACCUGGAAACUGUCAUUGGUGUGAUCAUGCUCUGGUCUGACUCUACUCAUCUAGCAAGUUUCGGAAACGCUUCUCUGUGGCCGAUAUACUUGUUUAUUGGCAAUCAGUCAAAGUAUAUUCGUGGCAAGCCAACAUCAUUCGCAGCGCAUCAUCUCGCAUAUAUUCCAAAGGCAUAUACUAUCCAAGACUUCUACAAGAAGACUUUUGGUCAUAGUGCGACAGGAGCAGUGCUCACACACUGCAAACGUGAAUUAAUGCAGGCCGUUUGGCACUUCCUACUCGAUGCCAAUUUUAUAGAUGCAUAUCAACAUGGCUUUGUUGUCAAGUUCCCUGAUGGAGUCUCUCGUCGCGUGUUUCCUCGUUUUUUUACUUAUUCUGCUGAUUAUCCAGAGAAGUCUGUUUUACAUCUUACUUGA